AUGUCAAUUGACUUCGUUAGCACAUCUAUAGAUAAAGAGCAGGAAGAUCAAGUUGAAAUGUCUGGUUUGGACAAAAUUUAUCUGAAAAAGCUUAAUAAGGCAAGUUUAAAAAGCUCGGUGUUUGAAUUAUUCCAUUUGAUAUAUUUUAAUCACCAGUCAUCUAAGCCGAUAAGUCUUAAAAAGAAAAUUAUUUUUGCACUUCUUCAAUUUUUCAUGAGUUUUCAACUAAUUACAUUACUAUGGAUCCCCAAGGUUCCAAUUUACCACUGGAAAAAUAAUUAUACUAUUUGAGAAAUAGCUGGCUACUUAAGAUUAGAUAAUAUUGGCUCAGAUCUGAAUAUAAUGACUGAGUGCAUUUAUGGAGCUAUUAUUUUAAUAUCAGUUAGUUUUUUUAUAAUUGGAAUUUUCGUGAUUUUGACGUUUUGCAGAGUCAAGAUUCCUGAAAUUAUUUUGCAAAUGCUAAAGGGUUGAUUAAAUGCGUUAUCUACAGUUUUUUUUAUUCCUUCUGUAAAUAUUCUUUGCAAAACUCUAAAAUAUUAUAUAAAACCUACAAGUGAUCUCUCAGAUUAUGAAUACCCUGUCACAAAUGAUGAUUUUCAAGUAAAUAUAGGAGUUGCAUGCUCUAUUCCUGUCAUUCUUUUGGUGAUAUUUGUAAUUUUAUUCAUCAAAACUUCAUGCUCAGCAGAAAUUAGGCAUUCAUUGUCUGAGCUAAGUGUCGACAGUCAAGCACACUCAAAAAUUGAAUUAAAAUCAACUAUUCUUACAAUAUUUUUAAUUAUUUUGAAUACAAUUUUAGUUCCUGAUCAUCUGAUUUUUUACCAAGUAAUAUCAUUAAUUACAUCUAUGUUCUGUGCUAUAAAUUCACUUAUCUUUCAGCCAUAUUUUUCAAAGUUUGCAAAUAUAGUUUUGGCUGCUAGAUAUUUCACAGAAGCUUGUGCAGCAAUAAUUUUUCUUAUAGGCGCUAUUUUUGAUAGCUCGGUUUUGAUGGUUUAUUUAUCAAUAUUUGUCCUUCCGUCUACUGUCUCUAUUUUAAUUAGAUUUUUCUUGUUUUCAAAACGGUCGCAAAAUCCUGGAAAUUAUAGUAGCAUUAACUGCUUUAGCAGUAUUUAUGAUUUCGAGCUUAAAAUAAGACCUUAUUUAAUAAAAGGAAACUCAGAUGAAAAAGAAGAAAUAAUCAAAUUAUUUUCACAGUGCACAGACACAAAAGGCUUCCGCGAAAGCAAAUUAUUGAUUAUAUGAGAAGCAAAUUAUUGCCAUUUUUCAUUGAAAGACGAAACCUUGGCAAAGGUAAAACUGUGCAAAACUAAAAACUGCGAUUGAAGCUUGGAAAAUGAUUUUCAAGAAUUUAGGUGUAGAAAAGAGCUUUCUGAAAUGGAAAGCAGCGAAGAAGCUAAAUAUUUAACUUUUUUGGAAAAAAUAGAGACAGCUAAGACUGCUGAUAGGAUUUUAUGUUUUGAUUUGUUGAAUAUAUGAAAUGAGGUUACUUCAAAAAGUCCAAGCCUUAAGAAGUUGACUGAUAUUACAGGAAAAGUAUAUGAAGGUAUUGAAAAACUCCAUACAGUAUAUUCAUAUCUUUUAACACAAUUCCCUACUAGUACUGAACCAUUGAUUCUAUAUGGAACACUCUUAAACACAAUAAUGCUAGACAAGGAGAAAUCUAUGGCUAUGCUAAGUAAGCAAGAGUCUCUGCAGAAAACUAGAAAUUUCUUCCGAGAAUCCCAAAAACUCAGCUGCUUUGAUGAAUCUGUUGGAAUACUUCUGAUCUCAAUAGAUGACCAGUCAUUUGGUGACAUUUAUUUUUCAAAUACCCGAAGCACUUACAUUUUAAAGCAACAAAUGAAUCAAAUAAUCGGCGCCAAUAUCUCCAAUUUUAUUCCUCCACCCUACAACAAAAAUUUGCAACUAUCAUUAACCUCUUACAUUAAUGAACUUAGCCAUUCCGAAAUUUAUUUACCAGAAACUUUAUUUGUCCUUGACGGCAAUAAUCUUAUCAUAGAGUGCUGUAUAAAAGUUGUGGUUUCUGCAUUAUUUAACAAUGAAUUUAUGCUAUUUUUAAUAAAGGAAAAAGAAAUAACCUAUCAAUUUGCAAUUUAUUCAGACAAUGGAGAAAUCUUAGCCCAUAGUGAAUUUUUUGGAAAAUAUAUGGGAUUAGAAAAUAAAUCUUUAAAAGGGUGAAAUCUUGAUUCACUGAUUCCAAAUUUUCCAUUUUCUGAGCUUACCGAAAAUCGUCCUUAUGAUAUUAUUAAUAAUGGAAAAGAAAUUACUCUUAUUAUCAGUUGCAAAGAAAUUGAGGGACUUAGGAUCAAGUAUAUUCAACUGCUGCAUGAUCCAAUAACAUCUCCAGUUAAGCUUGAUAAUGAAGUAGAGGAAAUAGAAGAAUCAAAUCCUCCGCCGCUGAAUAAAAAAACAACUUUUGUCAGUACUGGAUUGGAUGAUACUAUUAUUGAAGAAGAAAAUGUUACAAAAGUCCGUCAUAGCGAGCAAAAUAAUUUAUUUUCUGAAACAGGCAUUAUGCUUCCUUAUGAAAAUAAAAAACUAAGCCUAGCAACUGAUAAAAAUGAUAAAUCUUUUCAGUCAACGACCAUUUCUUCUAGUAACUCUGGGAAUAUUUUGGGCAAAAAAUUAGUCGCUAUUUCAUCAAGAUCAAUAAAAAUCUUCAAUUAUACACUCAUAUUAUCAGUAAUUUAUAUGUAGAUUUUAGCAAUAAUUAUCACAAAUUGUAUAGUCCUCUAUUAUACCAGUACCGAAGUCAAUAAAGCUAAAGAUUUAAGCUUAUUAAUAACGCUUGGAAAAAUCACUGCAUCUAUGGCUUCAAUCGCAAAUCAAGCUAGAUCUAUUGAGAUAUCACGAAAAUUAAAAAUUGACACUUAUAUCUCUUAUUAUGAAAACAGCAUUCAGAAUAAUAUAAAUUAUUUAAUUAGCACCAAUGCCCAUCUUCUUGAAAAUGUUACGUCCUGGUCUCAAUGUUCUGGCAUAGGAAUUUUCACUGAAAAUGAAAUAGAUAUAUGAGAUGCAGAUGGAACCGGCAUGAGUAAAGCGAACCUUAUUGAUACAAUUUCAAAGUUUGCAGCGAAAGCGACUGGCUUCAUAAGUGAGUUUCUUGAAGAGGAUGACUAUAAAACAUUUAUCGGAUUUUUAGCUGCAAAUGGGCUUGGAAAUGCUCAUAGACAAAUUAAAAAUACGAUAUCAAGCAUUGUUGAUUGUGAACAGGACAAUGUCCAUGAAUUGACUUUAAAAGUCUCAUUUUUGCUUGGAAUAGGAUUUGGGGUCCUCGUGCUGUGUGUAAUUAUUAUGAUUCCUUUUAUAUGCUCAAUUGAUAAUGUUUUAAAUACUUUUUGGAAUAAAAUAAAAAGCAAUGCUUAUCAAUCCUAUUUUGAUUUGCGGCAAGCUUGCAUUGAUAGAUUAUCUGAUUUUCAUGGCCAAACCAUGAUUACUAGACCUGAAAAUAGCAAAAAAUUAGUAAACCAGGCUGUCAAGUUUACUAACGCUUGAAGCUAUAUUAUCCGGCUAUGCAUGUCUCUUGUUGCAGCAUUUCUUUUUUUUAUGGUAAAUUUAAAUGUCCUUUAUAAAGAAUGUGAAAGCUCAUUAAAUUUAAGACCUGAACUGUUAGAAACAGCUAUAAAUAGAAGACUCUUGGUGACUGAAGUUGCCUUUUGAGGAAGAGAAAAAUUAUUUAAAGCCUCUGAGUACCAGUUGGUAAGUUUUCUUAAUGAGUCUUAUCCUUUUGAAGACGCAGAUUAUGAGCUUAAGAAAGUAAUGGACAAUAUCAAGGAUACCAAUAGUUAUAUUCGGAAAUCAAAAACUUCAGAUUUACUAUCAAAAAGCUUAGAAAAACAAUUAUAUGAGAGUAUUGAUAAUCCGGAAACAAAUAAAGAAACUUAUGGAACCUAUGGGUCUAUGAAUAUUCAUGCUCUCGAAGCUUUAUAUUAUUCGUAUUCUCUUAGCAAUGACAGUAUUAGUUCAUGAGUAAACGAUUAUUAUGAAAUAAAUAUGUUGCGUGACCAAUAUAACCAAUUCAUUGAUUCAUCAAACUCAGAUUCUGAAGCAAUAAUCGAACAGCAAUUUACCUUUAUUAUUUUGAUAGCAGCAUUUUAUAUGCUAUUACUAUUAAGCUUGUAUAUUUUUGUAUAUGCACCAUUUUUGAGAAGGGAAACUCAAAAGCUAAAAAAAAUGCGUACACUUUUAGCAUUAAUUCCUAUUCAGAGCUUGGAAAAGUGUAAUACUUAG